CCUCCGGGCCCCGCCUGUCCCUCCGCGCGCCGCGCUCCCCGGAAUCGACCCUUCUCCCGCCAUUUGCCACCGGGCUCUCGCCGAGCCCGCCCUCCCAGGGCUCAGAGGCCUGCGGCCGCCGGGACCGAACGGGCGGCAUGGCGGCAGGCGUGGACUGCGGAGAAGGGGCUAGCGCCCGGCAGCACGUGUUCCUAGUCCCAGAUACUGCAUGUUUUUACAGAUUGACAGAUUGUGGCAACUCUGCAUUGGAGUAUUUAAAAGAGGCUUCAAAGAAGAUGAAAAGUGGGCUUAUGUUUGUAAAACUGGUUAACCCACGUUCAGGGGAAGGAGUCAGUUACUUGUUCAAUAUGUGUCUACCGCAGCUGUUUGAAAUAAAAGUUUUCAAGGAAAAAAACCAUUCUUGGUUUAUAAAUGAAUCAGUUCAAUCAGGAGGUCUUCUUCACUUUGCCACACCCAUGGACCCUCUGUUUCUGCUUCUCCACUACCUUAUAAAGGCUGAUAGAGAGGGAAAGUUUCAGCCCCUGGAUCAAGUUGUGAUGGAUGACAUGUUUCCGAAUUGCAUCUUGUUGCUGAAACUUCCUGAACUUGAGAAGUUACUUCAACAUGUGACAGAGGAGAAAGAAAUAGACAAGAAGAAAUAUUACAAGUACAGCAAAGAGAAGACAUUAAAAUGGCUGGAAAAAAAGGUUAAUCAGACUAUGGCAGCGUUAAAAACCAAUAAUGUAAAUGUCGGUGCCCGGGUACAGUCUACUGCAUUUUUCUCUGGUGACCCGCUUUCCAGUGACAAGGAAGAGGAUUAUAUUCGUUAUGCCCAUGGUCUGAUAUCUGAGUACAUCCCUAAAGAAUUAAGUGAUGACUUAUCUAAAUAUUUAAAGCUUCCAGAACCUCCAGCUUCAGUGCCAAACCCUCCAUCAAAGGUUUGUGCUUCUCGGGUUCUGACUCCCAAAGAGAUUCCCCUCCAUCAGGUUUAAUGUGGAUGUCAAGUGGGACUGCGUUUCAUCCGUUCAGGUGGCAGCACAAAGACAGAAAAGGGACAAGUGACAACAGAUGCACGCAAGACUUGGCUGCUUCUCAGGUGAUUUAAGACACUCCCAAAGGGCUAAAACUUUUUCUUCUGCACUUCCUAGAAAAUCACCGAAUGCCAAAAGAUGUAUUUUGAAGGACUAACCAGGAAUGUUUUAUUUCUGUGAUCGAUACCGCUAGUCCCUUCAGGCAGCAGCAACUCCCCCCCCUGGAGGCGACUGGCAUGGAACUAGAAAGCACCCCUAGUGUGAUUCUGCCCUGAGGAAUUCAAGCCAUAUCACCCCUCUGCCCCAGCCUACCCACCAUAAACAUAUGGGUUUUUAACAGUCUAGUGCUUCAGAUUUCAAAACAUUGGGAGGAGAAGGCUCAUUGUGAAAAUCGGGUCAUUUCUUAAGCUGGACCCUGUUGGCCUGCUGUUUUCCUGGGGUUAGGACAGCACUUUUAGGUUUGCACGUGUUGACUGUAAGUAAUAGAUUCCACACCAGAAGCUUUGACAGACCGAGUUUCUACCCUUAUUAAAAAAAAAGAAAAACGGGGAAUUCCCGGGAGGUCCAGGGGGAGGACUCAGCACGUUCACUGCCAUGGCAGGGGUUCAAUCCCUGGUCAGGGAAACAGGAUCCGCAAGCUGUGUGGUGCACCCCCCCCCCCAAAAAAAGGAAAAAGAAAGCCUGACCUUUCUUUACUCCUUAUCAGUUUGGCAGCUUCUAGUUCAUAACAAUACCCGAACAUGUGCAUUUUAUGGUCUG